AUGAAGCGUCGCCGUGUCUCCGCAGCAUUCGUCGAGUUAGACUCCGCAGAUCUGAUUCGGGCAAAGGAUGAAGAAGCAAGCCUAUCCGAGCCCAGGGUGCUCGCCUCGUCCCGAAAUCAGAAUCACCGUUCUCCCAGGAUCGCAGGAGCAACGGCCGAAGUGAAUAUCAUGUUGGGCGAGAAUUCAAGCAAAGAAGGACAAAAAAAGACCAGUGGUGGCCAGCGCAUGAGCUUAUAUACUUCCCAAAUAGAUGAUUCGUCACACUUGGCUGAUAUCGCGCCUAAGCCUCGUGACAUGGAGCACGCCAUGUCCACGACGAGCCACACAACUGAAACGUGCGGCGGCACAUCAUUGGUGACCAGCAAUCUGGUGGCUAAAGAAGAUAAGCGACGCCCGACUACAGAAUAUAAAUCAAUAUCCAACGUGAAAUUACAGCCCCCACUGCGAACGAUGGUUACCCGUUCUGGCUCAGCGACCAGUAACCCACAGGAUGAUAAAUCGCAAACUAACCAUUCUGAGGUCGUUUCUGUCACAAAUUUGACAAGUGCUCCGUCUCAACUUGAAGCUCUAGAUGCAGAGUCGGGGUCGACCGGGCAGAGCAUGCAAGGGCGUUCUAUACCCUUUCGGCCAAGACGCUCUACUCGCAAAACUCACACAUUGCAGACAAAAGCAGACGUGGACCGGAGUGAGGCUGAUGCAGAUAGCGUGGGUAGGGGUGAAAUUUCAAUCUGGUCCGCAGGUUCCGAACAUGCAAAUCCACCAAAUCGAAAAGGCAAACGCCGACGGAGAGUCUCCAGGCCCCAUACGGCCUCGGGAACUCGCAGGACAUCUGCCAGGAAAUGCAAAAAUUCCGGCCAUGCAAUCAAUCAGUUGCCGCUAACCGUUGACCCUAGGGGUAGUUUCCAAUUAGAUCCGCCGGAGCCUGAUGCAGUGCUGCACUCAGCUGUGGUCGAAUCAAAUCCUAUGGACGUGAAUGAUGGCACGGAUAUCCCUGGCAUCACUCUUCCUGACAUCGAAAAGCAACAGCCGAGUAGGACCGAUGUAUUUACUCACAGCCAGGCGCUUGUCGUUAUAUCAAGCUGCUCACCACCCGCCUUUGAUCAGACCAUGCCAGAUGCUGAUUUCAAAAGACCUCCCGAUCAACACUCUUUGAUGUGGGAUGCUCAUGGAAGAGGCAAGGCAGUCGGGAAAAAACUGAUCGAUGCUUUCAGGGGGUCAAAAAAGACUACUCGCAAUCACCAGGCCCUCGGAAAUGGCGCUCACUCCACGCAAAUGUCUGGAAUGACCCCAAACAGCCCCAAUUCCCCCUAUUACUACCGUCCUACAGAAACCUUCUACUCGCAUUACUCGCAGCCAGCUUUUGCGGGGGUCGAAAAUAGGAGUAGAGCAAGUGAAAAGCGCUUCCUCAAAUGCAUGCGGGGGGCCGGCUGGACCUCAACCUUCCCGAUUGGCUUUAGACGCGGAGAUGCUUUCUCAAAGGAUGGAUGCCCUUGUGGAUACAGCUGA